UUCCGCCCACCGCGGUCACGUGACGCGGCCGGCGCAGCCUGAUAGCGUCACAGCCCGCCCCUCAGCGCCGCUGCCGCCCCGCCCGGCCCGGCCGCCACCGCCGCGCCGAGUCCUUUUGUCCAAGAUGGCGGCGCCGGGGGCGCUGCCUCCUGGGCCGUCAACGCCGCCGCUGUGAGGGGCCCGCGGGCCGCCCGCCCGCCCGCCUCGCCGGCGCCAUGAAGCGGCAGAGCGAACGAGAGUCGAGCCCGAGCGGGCGCAGCUCGUCAUCGUCCGCAAAGCGGCCGCGGGAGCGCGAACGGGAGGCGGAGGCGGGCGGGCGGCGGGCGGCACACAAGGCCUCCGGCGGCGGCGCCAAGCACCCGGCUCCGGCUCGGGUCCGUGACAAGCCCCGAGGCAGCAGCGGCGGCGGCGGCGGGGGCGGCCACCGCGACGGCCGCGGCGGCGCCGGGGACGCGAACCACCGGGCGGGCAGCGGGCGCUCGUCGGGCUCGGGCUCCGGGUCGGGCGGCGGCAGUGGCGGCGGCGGGGGCCGGGCCGGCAAGGCCUCGGGGGACGCGGGCGCCUCGGGCUCCUCGCCCCGCGCUUCGCCCCUGCCGCCGCCGCCGCCCCCGCCGCCGGGCGCCGAGCCCGCGGGCCCCGGCUCGGCCUCGGCCCCGGAGUACAAGACGCUGCUCAUCAGCAGCCUGAGCCCCGCGCUGCCGGCCGAGCACCUGGAGGACCGGCUCUUCCACCAGUUCAAGCGCUUCGGCGACAUCAGCCUGCGCCUGUCGCACACGCCCGAGCUGGGCCGCGUGGCCUACGUGAACUUCCGGCACCCGCAGGACGCGCGCGAGGCCCGGCAGCACGCGGCCGCCCGCCAGCUGCUGCUCUACGACCGCCCGCUCAAGGUGGAGCCGGUGUACCUGCGGGGCGGCGGCGGCGGGAGCCGGCGGGGCAGCGCCGCCUCCACGCCGCCCCCGGGCCCGCCCGCGCCCGCCGACCCCCUGGCCUACCUCCCGCUGCACGGCGGCGGCGGCGGCGGCUACGCCUACAAGCAGCGCUCGCUGUCGCCCGUGGCCGCCCCGCCGCGCGCGCGCCACGCCGCCGCCGCCGCGGCCGCCGCCGCCUUCGCGCUGGACGCCGCCGCCGCGGCCGCCGCCGCCGCCGGGCUGCCCCGCGACUACUACGGGCUGUACGACGACCGGGGCCGCCCCUACGGGCACGCGGGCGGCGGCGGCGGCGGCGGCGACGAGGACCUGAUGCCCGAGGACGACCAGCGCGCCACGCGCAACCUGUUCAUCGGCAACCUGGACCACGGCGUGUCGGAGGCGGAGCUGCGGCGCGCCUUCGAGAAGUACGGCAUCAUCGAGGAGGUGGUCAUCAAGCGGCCGGCGCGCGGCCAGGGCGGCGCCUACGCCUUCCUCAAGUUCCAGAACCUGGACAUGGCGCACCGCGCCAAGGUGGCCAUGUCCGGGCGCGUGGUGGGCCGCCACCCGAUCAAGAUCGGCUACGGCAAGGCCAACCCCACCACGCGCCUGUGGGUGGGCGGCCUGGGGCCCGGCACGUCGCUGGCGGCGCUGGCCCGCGAGUUCGACCGCUUCGGCAGCAUCCGCACCAUCGACCACGUCAAGGGCGACAGCUUCGCCUACAUCCAGUACGAGAGCCUGGACGCGGCGCAGGCGGCCUGCGCCAAGAUGCGGGGCUUCCCGCUGGGCGGGGCCGAGCGCCGGCUGCGCGUGGACUUCGCCAAGGCCGAGGAGGCGCGCUACCCGCCGCCGCCCUACGCGCCCCCGCCGCCGCCGCCGCCGCCGCCGCCCCCGCCGCCGCCCGCGCACUACGAGCCGCUGACGGACGGCUACGCGCGCCACCGCGGCGGCGGGGGCGGGGACGCCGACCUGCGCGCGCGCGACCGCACGCCGCCGCACCUGCUGUACGGGGAGCGCGAGCGGGAGCGCGCCUUCGCCCCGGACGCCGACUGGCCCGGCGGCGGCGGCGGCAAGGGCGGCGAGCGCCGGACCGGCGGCCCCGAGGGCUACGGGCGCUCGGCGCGCAGCCGCAGCGGGGAGCGCUGGGGCGGGGACGCGGAGCGCGGCGCGCCCAAGCCCUGGGAGGAGCCGCCGCGGCGCAAGCGCCGGAGCCCGUCGGGCGAGCGCGAGCGGGAGCGCGGCCGCACCAGCCGCUCGCCCUACGAGGAGCGCGGCAGGACCAAGGGCGGGGCGCCGCCGCCGCCCCCGCCGCCCGCCGCCGAGCGCACCCCGGAGCGCGCCCGCCGGGAGAACCACGCGCCCGAGGGCGGCGGCAAGGACGCGGGCGGCGGCGGCGGGGGCUCGGUGGGCAACAGCCGGCACGCGGGCGAGGAGCGCGGCCGCGACCACCACCACCACGACGCCGCCGCCGAGCCCCCCCACGGCAAGAAGGGCCGGGACGGCGAGCGCAACCACCGGACGUCGGAGGCCGAGGCCAAGGCGGGCGGCGAGGAGGCGCGGCCCGAGGCGCGGCGGGUGAAGACGCUGUCGGAGUACGCGCAGACGCUGCAGCUGGGCUGGCACGGGCUGCUGGUGCUGAAGAACAGCUGCUUCCCGACGCGCAUGCACCUGCUGGAGGGCGACCAGGGCGUGCUGGGCGGGCUGCUGCAGGACCGCGCCUCGGGCGCCCGCCUCACGCAGCUCAAGAUCGCGCAGCGCCUGCGGCUCGACCAGCCCAAGCUGGACGAGGUGACGCGGCGCAUCCGCCAGGGCAGCCCGCGCGGCUACGCGGUGCUGCUGGCCACGCAGGCGGCCGCGGGGCCCGGCGCCGACGCGCUGCCCGCCGCCGAGCCGGGCCUGCAGCGCCGCCUGCUCCGCAACCUCGUCUCCUACCUGAAGCAGAAGCAGGCGGCGGGCGUCAUCAGCCUGCCGGUGGGCGGCGGCGGGAAGGGCCGCGACGGCACGGGCAUGCUCUACGCCUUCCCGCCCUGCGACUUCGCGCAGCAGUACCUGCGCGCCGCCCUGCGCAGCCUCGGCUCGCUCGAGGAGGAGCACAUGGUGGUGGUGGUCGUGCGGGACGCGGCCUAGCCCCGGCCCCGCGCCCGCCCGCCGGCCCGCCGCGGGACCGUGCGGGAGGGACGCUGUCGGCCACGCCCCCGGCGGAGGACGAGCCUCCAAGCUGGCGGGGUCCCGCCGGGUGUGAGGGCCGGGGCCUGCGCGGCGGCCGGAGGCGGCGUCCUCACCGCGCCCUGGGGGUGGCGGGGUGGCGGGGACGGAGGGGGAGGCGGGGCCGGGAGCCCAGGCGGCUGCCCGCCGUCCCCGCCACGCGUGGGUGCGGGAACUACGGUGCUGGCGGGGCUGGGCCUGUGCGGGGGAGGGGGUCACCCCCCGGCUCUGGGGCUGCCUGCCGGGCGCGCCCCCUUCCUCCCGGAGGCUCCGGGCCGAGCCCCGGCGCGCGUGGUGCGGUCCGCCGGGAGCCCGGGGCCCACAGGCCGCCGCGCCCCCCUCGCCCCCUU